AUGUCUGGUAUUUGGAAGUUUUCCUCUUUCUCGGAACCGCUUGUUCAAAAACUGCUUCAAACUGCAAAUGAGCUAGAAAACAACAAUAAAUGGAGCCAAAAAUUCAAACAUGUAAACAAAAGUUACUUGGACUAUUACAGUGAACAAAAUACAAAUGAAGACCGUCUAAACGUAAACGAAUACAAAACAAAACGUUUAGAAUGUAAUCUGUCACCUAAAGUAUUAACUGAAUGUGAUAUUGGAGAAGACACUCCAGAUUUAACAAAUAUAAAAAUAAAACAAAACGUAUGCGAUGCUAUAGAAGCGGAACCCGUAGUGCAAUUCGAUUAUAUGGUGGAAGAAUGUACAAAAAAUCCAACUAUAGUUGCAAACCUUGCAGAACAUUUAACAAUUAGUGCAACAGAGAAAAUAUUUCAUACAACUUUAACAAAGGACAAUGUUAACAUAAAAUUUAUUUCAGUGUUCUUCAACAAUUUUUUCCCUAUAUUCUUAAAACGUGAACAAUCUUGGUUUGCUUUAGAUUUGCUUCACAAAUCUAAUAAAAUAUAUCCGGAAGUUUUCAGACCAGUAUUAAUUGAAAUUAUCAAAGAUACUAACAUACCCAGCAAAAUAGUCCAGGAAUUUGUACAAAGUUCCAGUUUAGAAUUUCAAAAAGAUUUUAUAUCCCUGAUAAUGCACAUAGAAUUUACUUCAAAAAUGUUUCUACAUCAUUUAUAUACAUUAUAUUUAGUUUACAAGGAUUGUACAAAAACAGAAAUUAUUCAGAAUUAUUUUCAAUCUAAACUUAUAGAGAAUGCUCCUUCGUGCAUUAAUGAAAAAAACUAUGGACGUUUAUUAUUAUUGUUUCUUCAAUCACAGAAGGUUAUGGGACUUUCUUUAAACCAUGUGAUGUUGGAAAGAGUUAUAGAACUACACAAAUCCCCAUUCAAGAGGCCCUGUCUGACGGUUUUAAAUGACAUUAAGGGAAAUGCUUUAUGA